AUGUUCUCCCAGCUCGCCGCUCUGAUGCUCGCGGCGCUGUCAUUCGCCAGCGCUGCGCCAUCCCGCCAACAAGCUGUGAACGCUGCCCCGCAGGCGGGCACGUAUCAGAUAUCCACCCCGAAGUACGGACCGGCCGCGAUCCGCUCGUACACGAUCGGCCAAGCGCUGUACGCAAGCCGUACAUUGGAGUUUCCGGGUCCUUAUGGUCUUCAUGAACUGACCCCCACCGGCGGGGACAACUUCCAGCUCAAGAACGUGGGACUUGACUCACCCUUCGUGAGCACGUCCGCAUCGUCUGCUCAUGAGUUCUACCUUGAGGAGAGUGCUGUACCGGGAUACUUCAUUGUCCACACCGCGGAUGGGUCUGGCCUUGUUUGGACGCUCAACCCCGAGGAUGGGCCUGUCGUGCAGCGCAUCAUUCUGGCCUCCGCCAAUGGAGGGGAUGACCAGCUUUUCCGAUUUUCCGUGUCCGAAGGCAAUCCCCUGCCUCUGGGAUUGGGGCACCUCGCCGCCGGCCUGUAUGCGGCCCACGUGCCUGCCAAAGCUACGCGUGUCGGGCCGGUCACGCCCGGUGCAUAUUACAUCCUCGACGGCUACUUUAAUGGCAUGCUGCGCAGCUACACGAUCGGCCAAAACGCGUACACGAGUAUUGCCAGGGACUUCCCUGGAGACUUCGGCGUCUGGGUCGUGAAAGGCGACGACAGCAUGGGAUACACUAUCACCAACGCCGCACAGAACUUGCCGCUGGUGGUCACUGGAUCCAAGAACCUCGCGACAAUCCCUGUCGGUCCCCCGGCCCAGUUCACCUUCUCGCUCGGCAGCCAGGGCCGUGUGUCCAUCGCCUCGCUCGGCGGCCGUGGAGUUUGGGGUGUAGAUCCCUCGCAGGGCCCCGUCCAAGCUCAGAUCCAGAUCCAGCCGCAGAAUCCCGGGGACCCCAAACAGGAGUUCGCCUUUGCUCCAGUCAGCAACUUAGUUUGAGUGUUCUGCUUGAAAUUUGUGUACUUGCUCGAAUCCAAUACAAUCAAUGGUCGAUUGGAAGUCUCGCAUACUUGAGAUGCGUGAUUCACCGUUU